AUGGAUCUUCUCAAGUCUAUUCUUCCCGAGGCAAAGGGCAUUCUGCCCUAUCACAUGCUUAUCCUCUCUCUCAUCUCCAUUGGCAACUCGCUGCAGACGUAUGCGACCCUACACUUUUCCCGUCGAGUCUACAACGGUCGAUUCAUCCGAAACACGAAGCUGCCGCCCAAGACGGCCACGUUCGAGCCCGAGGACUCGGUCAACAAGCUGGUGUCAGCCCAGAAUGACCCCAAGGCCACCGACCAGAUGACCCCCCUCGCGGGCAGGCUGUUUGGUACCUGGACCCUCAUCACCUGCAUCGUGAGGUGCUACGCGGCCUACAACCUGCACAUUGGCCCCGUCUACACCAUCGCGUACUGGACCUACGUGGUUGCGCUGGGACACUUUGCUAGCGAGCUCUUCGUCUUCAAGAGCAUGACCUUUGGUCUGCCCCAGAUCUUCCCCUUCACUCUGGCUUCUCUCUCCUUGAUCUGGAUGCCUCUUGUUCGUGACCACUAUGUUACACUCAACUAG